AUGGAUUUCCAUACUAUUCAACAUCAAAACCAAACAGUUGUACAAAAUAAAAGUCCGUAUCAGCAAACUGUUUUAUCGACCGAUCCACCGAUUGAAAACAAAACAAUUUUCUUUAUACAUGUCCAGAGGCCAAAGGACAAAACUUUGAAUCUAAUUGCCAGAUCAGCUUGUGCCAUCGAAAGUGCUGCGAAGAACAAUCCGGAUUUUAAUGUGACUUUGGUCUGUUUCAACGUCAUGGAUUUAGCUGAAAACAAUUCCUUUGUCAAAGCACUGAAGGAAUAUCCAAAUAUACAAUUUCACAAAACAACUUUGGAAAACAUCACAAAGGAUUCAAUUGCGGAGCCAUGGAUCUCGAAAGGUCUUAUACAAAAAGGAAAAUAUCUGAGUUGGCAUACGAGUGACUUUGCGCGCCUUUUUAUGCUUUACAAAUAUGGCGGCAUUUAUUUAGAUACGGAUUUCAUAGUUCUCAAAAGUUUGGCGGAUCUGAAACCUGGAUGGACUGUUGCUGAAAGUCGGUAUUGGGUUGCAAGUGCAGCUAUGAGUUUCCAUUCAACCGGAUACGGGCAUUAUUUGGCUGAGAUGCUUGUGAGAGAGUUCAUGAAUUCCUACAAUGGAUCCGUUUACUCGUAUAAUGGACCACAAUUGUUAACUCGAGUUCUUCAAAAAGUUUGUUUCACAAAAGAUACGAAGAUGAUGAAACGUGGACCGUGUUACGACUUUGAAGUUUUGGCUCGGGAAACUUUUUAUCCUAUUGGUUUUUAUGAGAAAGACUUAUUUUUUAAUCCAAGCAAUUUGACUCAAGCUUUGGAAAAGGUUAAAGAUUCUUAUGCCGUUCAUUGUUGGCAUGGUGGAUAUCUUGGGGGAGUUCACUUGAAAGUUGGAACUCAAGCAGCUAUUGGAGUGCUGGCGGAAAAGCAUUGUCCGAAAGUUUAUGCUGCAGUUGAAGAACUUUUUUAG